AUGAUCGUCAAAAUUUUCAGCCCAAGUGAAAAAUCUGAAGAUUGGAUUCUGAUGGAACUACAAGGUGAGUUGGUUUCCCGAUCCGGCGAGACAUUAUCGGGAAAGCUGAUAGGCGAUCUUCAUUUCUCCAAACAGGCAAGUGUGUUUGCUUUGCAGUUACAAUUGAUCAUCCAGGGUGAGCCGGUUUUCAUUGUCGGCCAUCACGUUCUGUUUGGGAAAUUAAUCGCCAUGGAAAAACCGUUUGUUGUGACCAAAAAAUCGCAAAACAAUGGCCAUACAGAAUAUCACGUUGUUGGUGUUGUUCGCAAAAAGCUAAUUUUCAAGACACGUCCUCGACCAAUCAUUUUGUCCGGACCCAAACCAGCAUGA